UUCCAUAAAUACAAUUAAAAGCUUGUGACGACGAAGUUAUAAGAAACCACAUUUUGUCCAUACAAAUAUUUGUUCAGAGAGUAAACACCGUGGAGCAUCAGAGAACGCUCUAGCAGCUAUUAGCACUAGGCCGCCGGCCAGGAACCAGCAGUAAUAGAAUAGACGACGAUGCCCGCGUGGAUGUGGCUGUUCUUGGCCACCAUCGGCGCUCUCUACGUCGCAGGCAACUGCUUCCGCCUCCUCCGCCACCUCGCACUCCUGCUGAGAAAGCCAAAGGACCUCCGCCGGCGCUACGGCUCGUGGGCCGUCAUCACCGGACCGACGUCGGGCCUGGGGUGGUCCAUGGCCAUGGAGCUGGCGCGCGCGGGUCUCAACCUCGUCCUCGUCGGCCGGGACCCCGCCAAGCUCCAGGACGUGUCCGCCAAGAUCGCGAGGUGCCACGGCGUGCAGACGAGGACCGUGGUGUUCGACCUCUCCCUGGUGUCGACGGCGGAGGGCGACGACGCGAUGCGCCGUCUCCGGGACGCCAUCGAGGGGCUCGACGUCGGCGUGCUGGUGAACAACGCCGGCGUGAACAAGCCCGGCGCGCUGUACCUGCACGAGGUGGAGGUGGAGGCGCUCAUGCGGAUGGUGCGCGUGAACCUGCAGGCGCUCACCGAGGUCACCGCGGCCGUGCUGCCCGGCAUGGUUCGGCGCCGGAGGGGCGCCGUCGUCAACAUCGGCUCCGGGUCGACGCUGGCCGUCCCUUCGUUCCCGCUCUACUCCGUCUACGCCGCUACCAAACGGUAUGUUGCUGUGUUCUCGAAAAACCUUUACGUCGAGUACAAAAGUAAAGGAAUCGAUGUUCAAUGUCAGGUGCCGUUGUACGUGGAGACGAACAUGCUGUCGAGCGCGGCGAAGAACGCUCUGUUCCCGCUGUUCUUGGUGGGGCCAGACGCGUGCGCCCGCGCGGCGGUGCGGUGGAUCGGGCACGGGCACCUGUGCGUGCCCAACUUGGUGCACCAGCUCCAGUGGUGGGGCGCGGGCUUCGUGCCGGACGUCCUUGCCGAUACCUACCGCCUAGCGAUGCAUCUGUAUCAGCGGGCCACCUUCCAGAUGCUCAGAUCGUGCAGAGCGCCGCACGGCAACGGCAACGGCAGUUCAUCCGUGGACAAAUUCUACUACUAGCAAUUUGAGGCUAGCAGUGAGAGUUUGCCGCGCGGCGCGGUGCACGAGAAGGAAAAUAACAAAUGGUGCUCCUACCAGAUUCUACUUUCUACAGGCACACGAAGGGCACGUGAAAAUUGUAGCACAAAUAUAAUGGGAAAAAAAUGCAUGGUAGACAAACUUUGUUGAGUUCAUUGUUGAGUGGGCACGCGCGUGACCGUUUCAUAUGUCGUUCUGUCGGUUUCCCGCAUGGCCCAUGUAAACAGAUUUACACUUCUUAUUACUAUAAUAAAUUAAGGCCUUUA